AAAGUACCUAUACCUCGGUUUACACAAAGAUAUGGAAGCCAAACCUCCUACGAGAAAAAGCGUGUUUCUAGGGCUUGCGAACCGUGUAGAGAACGGAAAAGAAAAUGCAACGGAGAAAGACCGAAUUGUCGACAGUGUGGUCAAUCGAAACUAGCCUGUCAGUACAGUGAUUCCAAGCGCGUGCGUGACAAGGCGCUUCUUACAAGAGCGGCACGCUAUGAAAGGUUAUUGGGAGAUCUUGCUGGCAACAUUGAUAAAUGGAGUAAACGGCGGAUAAAGAAAGCGUUAAGGGUCCGUUAUAUCCCUUCUUUUCUUGAUAUGCCCCUGUCACUAUUCUCUUGUAACAGAGACUCGCCUGAUCUGGAAUCAUCCUGGGAUGAAUCGCCACACUCUAACAUAUCAUCUACAUCUUCCUUGGCCAGCUCCCUUGGUGCUCUGGAUGCGGUAGAUGAAGACAUGAAUCGAGAUGAGAGAAGCCAAUCGACAGGAUUCAUUGGCAAAAACUCCGAAAUUUCAUGGUUGGAAGGGUUGAAGGAAUUGAGAGAUGCGCCACCAAAGGUGCGGACACUGAAUGACGCUACCCUAUCAUCAGUUAGCUAUCACUUGGAUGAGAUCCGUCUCUCCGAGUCCGACGAUUACGGAAACCCGUAUGAAUUACCUCCCAAGGACCUGGCAGACAAGCUCUUUGGCGCCUUUUUGGAUUCAGUGGGUGAUUCAUUCCCUAUUAUUCGCAAGACGCUCUUCUCGCAGCAAAUGAACAAUCUAUAUUCUCAGCCUUCUACGACUCGUCCGGGGAAUCGUUGGCUAGCUAUCCUCAAUAUAAUCUUUGCUAUUGGCGGAAUCGCUUGUCAAUAUACUCAACAAGCACAGUCGAAGCUCUCUCCUAAGAUAUUUUUCUCUCGGGCAAAGGCCCUGAGUGGUGGUGAGAAUAUUCUCUAUGAGCAUGCUGAUUUGCAACAAGUGCAGGUAGAAUCGCUUCUUGCUUUUUACUUCUUAUGCUCGGCUCAAAUCAAUAGAGCAUGGAAGAUGGUGGGCAUUGCAACCCGGUCCGCAAUUGCAUUAGGGCUGGACUUACGCGUCUCUCCGAGCAGCAUCCAUCCGGUUUCAAUGGAGGCGCGAAUCCGUACCUGGUCAUCGAUAUUUUAUCUUGAAAACCUCCUAACAGUUAUGACAAGCCGAACUUCAUGUCUGGGUGACGGUUCCUCGGCGGCGUAUCCGCCACUCCCGUUCGAAGAAGAGAUGUAUGGGUUACCUGAGGUUUGGCGCCUACUUAAGGAUCCUCAGUACCGCGAGUCUUGCAUCAAUUGGACUUUGUAUCAAGACAAAGAGCAGAUAAGCGAGAAACAAAAACUAUUAGGCGGGAUUGAGCAUUCUUCUGCUCUGUAUUUCUAUCAUCUGACCGAUUUAGCGGUAACCACCCAUGCAAUAACGAAUCGGGUUUAUAGUCCUGAAAUCCCCGGGGAUCAAUGGGUGCAAAUCGAAAGACGAAUAAGUCUGUACAUGGAAAAGAUGGAUGCAUGGCUACGCUGCUUAACGCCGCCGUUAAAGUUCAUAGACCAGGAUAAACUGUUGAUCAACACAAGCAAUUCCCAGCAGGUCUCUCUUGCACUGAAUUACUUUGGCACUCGGAUGAUUCUUACUCGGCCGUGCCUAACCGGAUCCAAGGACAUUGGGGGCAAUUCGAAAGAACACGAGAAAUCCUUUCGCCUGAGCAAUAAAUAUGGCCGGGUCUGUCUUCAAUCAGCUGAGGACCUGAUUUCCAUUCUGCCAGACCAUCCAGACAUGGUCUGGCUAUCCAAGGCAUCCCCGUGGUGGUCUAUUCUGCAUUUCAUUAUGCAGGCAGCGACUGUCUUGCUGAUCUACAUGACGAUCUUUGACGAACAUGAUGCAGAGUCACCUAACGCCGUUAUCUCCGCGGCGAAAAAAGCACUGUCUUGGUUGCAUUCACUUAGCGAGUGCGACGAAUCUGCUAGACGAGCUUUUCUUAUUUGUGAAAGACUUUUACAUCGCAUUGCU